AUGCCCUUUUCGGGCGUUGCGCGGUUGCGGUCUGCCGGCGUGUUCAGACUCCCGCGACAACGCCUGUCAUCCGGUUCACCUCUCGUCCUGCGACUGGAAUCUCACCGAUCUCGCCGGCCAGCUCCUUCAACGCUCGCUUUAAGCCUGAACAAAUAUCAAUGCCGCGCCAAAUCGACGUCACUCCCGGAUCCCGAUGCUGAAAGCUCGUCCCAGAAAGCAACACAAAAUCCUAACCCAUCUUUUAAGACACUGCUCUGGCGAAGCAUUACCGGCGAUACUAAGCGUACAUGGCAUGCUAUCAAGAACACGAGUCUAAAAGAAGUUAUACGGAAGAACCCUAUAGAGGGGCUCACCGCUAUUGUGGCGGUACUAGGCGCCAUUGGGAUUCUCGCCUACUGUAUUUUGCUAUAUUUUAACUACUUCAAUGGCCCCCAAUUCUCGCGGUUCCCAGAGCCUGUGGCCAGAGCGUUGCGAAAGGCCCUGUACUUCAGCAACCAUGAGAUCGACCACCAGCGAGCGCUCAAGUACUACAAACAAGCCCUCGAACUCUGCGACCAGGAAGGACUGGAUCACUUUUCUGACGAGGUCAUGGGUAUCAAGAUACAGGUGGCCGCUUGGCUCGAAAAGAUUGAAAGUUACCAGAAUGCCAUUAGCGUCUUGGAGAACCUCUUGGCUGACUGCAAGCGUUGGGUGGAGGCAAUGGAGAAGAGUGCAAGCGAGGGCACCUUGCCCAAAUUGGUCCCGCUCCCGGCCCCCAAAGAGAAGGAGUCUGCCGAUGCCCCAGAGCCGCUGCGGGAGACAUAUUGGGGCAAACGUACCAGGCUCCUGGCGAAAGCCGUGAGCAUCAGCGUCAAGCUUGCUAGUCUCUACUCUGAUGAGCAUGUCCUGGAGCGGGACCUCGCCCACGAGCGACUCAUCUGGGCGGUGGAGACUACGCUUAGAGAGAUACAAAGGCGCGCCAAGGAGGGUCUCAAGGAAGGAGAAGGGAGUUGGAUGAGCGCUGAGGAGGUUGGUGCGAGUCUUGAAGCGCUCGCGCAGAGUUACGAGGACCGGAGUCAACAUCACCUUGCCCUUCCGUUGUGGUUCCAAGCCCUUAGGCUGUGCCAAGACCCAUGUCAUAUUGCCAUCCUGAUGAACAAUAUAUCGACAAGCUUUGCCGGGCACCCUAUCCUUCCUCCUGGUGACGCGCCGGCGCACGGCAUGAUGGAAGAAUCCAAGAGCUGGACCUCUCCGGCAGAUCAGCGCUCGUCCUAUCUCGGCGCCGCCCAGCGGUGGGCAGAAAAUGCCAUUAACCAUGCUUCAGAGCCUCAAGGCGAGAGGAGGACUGUGGAGUGCGACCAAGCCUGCGCCGUCUCGCUCUCCAACUUGGGCUCCAUCCUCGCCAUGCUAGGCAGGACGACCGAAGCGCGGGAGAAGUACGAGCAAGCGGUUUCUUUGAGCAAGAAGCUCGGCUUCGACGAUUAUGCUGCCGAGGCCAACUCUAGGCUUCUAGGUCUUCCGCAGGCAUAA